AUGCCCCCGCAGGAGGGGCUCCAAAGCGGCCGGAGCUUGAGGGGGAGCUGCGAGGUGGUGGUCCCUGAGCAGCCUCCCAGCAGGGAAAAGCCCUUCAGGUGUUUGGAAUGUGGGAAGAGCUUCAGCAAGAGCACUGACCUUCUCAAGCACCAGCACAUCCACAGUGGGGAACGGCCCUACACGUGUGGGGAAUGUGGGAAGAGCUUCAAUCAGAGCUCCCACCUGCUCCGACACAAGGUGAUCCACACUGGGGAAAAGCCCUACACGUGUGGGAAAUGUGGGAACAGCUUCAGCCAGAAGUCCUGCCUGAUCCGCCACCAGAUCCUCCACACUGGAGAACAACCUUACACGUGUGGGGAAUGUGGGAAGAGCUUCAACCGGAGAGGCAGCCUCCACACCCACCUGGGCCUGCACUCCAGGGAACGGCCCUACAAGUGUUUGGAAUGUGGGAAGAGCUUCAGCCGGAGCUCUGGCCUGCUCCAGCACCAGAAGAUCCACAGUGAGGAACGGCCCUACAAGUGCCCCAAGUGUGGGAAGAGGUUUAGGAUCAGCUCCCAUCUCCUCAUGCAUGAACAGACACACACGGGGGAGAGGCCCUUCCGCUGCAGCGACUGCGGGAAGGGCUUCAAACGCAACUCCCACCUCGUCAUCCACCGUCGCAUCCACACCGGGGAGAGGCCCUACAAGUGUGACGAGUGUGAGAGGAGCUUCACCGUGAGCUCUGCCUUGACCUACCACCAACGGACCCACCAGUAAUGGAAGGCCUCUGAGUGCCCCGACUGCGGGAAGAGCUUCGGCCGCUGUUCCAACUCCAUCAGCCAUCGGAGGACCCGCGUUGGAUGAUCCACAGAGACCCCCGUUGGGCACAGACCUGGUGACCAACAUUCCAGGUGAUCCAUGUUGGGCACAGACCUGGUGACCCACAUUCCAGGUGAUCCAAGCUGGGCAGUGUAUUGGGGCCUCAGGGAGAACAUAUUUAAGGAGGAAAAUGUCCUUGUGCAGAUGGAAUUGGGUGCAGAGAGGAGCAGAGUGGGAAUAGGGGAGAGGAACAGCUCUGCAGACCCCCAGGGCAGUGCAGGAGGAGGGGCAGGAGGUGCUCCAGGCCUGGAGCUGAGAUUCCCCUGCAGCCCAAGGAGGAGCCCACGGCGGAGCAGGGGAUGCCCACAAAGAAGGAUGUGAGCCCGUGGGAAGCCCGUGCUGGAGCAGAGUCCCUGCAGCUGCUGCGGCCCCAGAGAGCUCCAAGGGUCUCAUCAGCACUGCUGGUUAUGGGGCCACACAGAGGGGCUUUAGGCACAGAAAUUGUCCUUCCUGGCCCUAAUGCAGUUCUGUGACUUUCUCUGAAAGUUGGAGAACAAAAAUAGGAUUCCACUUGGGUUGUUUUUCAGGUUGUUCAUUAAAAAAGCAGGAGCUUGUUGUCUCAAGGACUUGCACAGCUCCGAGGGGUUUUCAGUCCCAGCCCCCAGGUCACCCCCCAAGGUGCUGGACGGCCCUUCAGACCCACCUGAGCCCACCCCCCGUGUGCCCACCCUGUGCAGGGCAGCUCAUGGAGCCCCCGGGACAGGGGAUGGUGCCUCUGGACCUGCCUCCUGAGGGGCUUCUGCCACCCCUGGGGGGCACAGAGGGGACAGGGGCACCCUCAGCUCCUCCUGCCACGAGCUGAGCUGGGACAACAGCCCGAGCUCCCGGGGCCUGGGCAGGUCCUGCUCCCUCCUGGGGCUUUGCCUGGAUGCUCCUGUGCUCCUCAAAUAAAAACACAAAAAGCUCAUAAUCCCCCAAGGGCCCAGCAGUCACAGCUCUCCUCAGCAAAGCAAAACUGGUUCCAUAGGAGUGAUUUGUGGAAUAUUUAUAAGGAAAAAAAGUCAAAAAACCAGACCAAGGAUCAACUGACAGAGACUAAAAUACCUGUGGAUGCUGCUGUUGAGUCACUGGCAACUGCAAAGUGUUUCUAUACUUACUAAAACUAUAUAACCCCCCCAUCAAUGUCCAGCAGGUGUUAUUGGCAUCACUAAUGUAAAUAAAAUUAGUACUGGGCUGGUACUUCCCCAGGUGAGAACCCUCUGUCUGUGUUUGCAAAGGGAAGACCCCAAAGGAUGAUUUUUUUCUCCUGUCCCAAUGCUUGAAUUUUUAAUAAGGUUUAAUUGAUGUUGUGUUUUGUUCCUGUCCCCGAGCCCCAAAUUCCUCCUGGUGGGGCAGCCCCACCGAGUUUUGCAGCCGGGAAACCCGAUCUGGGGGUUUGCUCCCUGUUCCUCAGGUGCUGGAACACAGCAGAGGGGCAGCGGGACCCCUCCAGCCCCGCCCCAAGAGCCCGUGGGGGCAACUCCCCGGGCAGCC